AUGGCAAAGAAUAAUGAUGAGGUUAUAGACAAAUUGCAACAAGAAAUAGAUUCUACACAAGCGAAAUGGCAAAAAGAACAUCAAGAAAUAAUUGUUAAACUUCAGUUAGAUCACGAUAGCAAGAUAAAAGAGCUUGAAGAAAAUCAUAAAGAGUCUAUUCAAGAAUAUGCCAAAAAAGCAACCGAAUACGAGGAAGCUUUAGCGAUAAAACAGAAAGAACAGGGUGAGUUGACUUCUAAGCUGGAGAACCUUGAAAAAGAAGUUGAGCGCAAUAACUGCAAUGCCGAGGAGUUGAAUACUCUCAAAAUAGCCUAUGAAAAGAUGAUUGCUGCCAAGGACAAAGAAAUCAAAGAAGCAGAGGAGCGUAUUGAAGAAGCCUCGAUGAGAUCUAAGCAGUUGAAGGAUCAGGAUGAUAGAAUACAGACAAUCGUUAAUCAACAUCAAAAAGAAAUUAAUGUUCUUCAGACGCAAUUUCAACAGUUGCUCGACAUUAAGGAUAAGGAGCUUGAAAACUUUUCUUAUCGUCUUAAAACUGUAACAACAACACAACAAAAAGACAUGGAAAAGAUGAAUGAAGAAUAUAAAGAUAAGCUAGCUAAAGCAGAAGCAGAAGUUCAAAAGAAAGAUGAGAUUUUGAAAUCAAAAGAAUUAGAAAUGAGAUGGAUGUCUGCAGAAUUUGAAAGUUCUGAGGUCAAAUUGAAGGAUCAGAGCCAUAAGAUAGAAAAACUGGAGAUAGACAAUAGCCAUCUAACCCAGAAUGUAAUUCAAUUAAAGGAAGAGAAUGAGCAAAUGUUAAGGUACAGUUUAGUGUUCAGUAAGUUCUAUGAAGAAUGUAUUCUCAUACUGUAA